CUGGCGCUCCCUCUUCGGGUACCCGUCCUCAUCUGCUCGACGCGGAUCCGCCGCAUGCUGCGUCGUUCCUGGAGAUGCGUCCUACACUUAGCGUCAGGCCGAUCAGAUGCUCCUGCCGCGGACGCGCUGAUUGCGGACGCCCUCUCCGUCGUUCGGGAGUCGGAUACCUGGGAGGUGAAGCUCGUCAAGGCAGGUGCCACCGUCCGCCGGCGCAAGGCAGACGGCGACAAUCACUGGUUCUGCCGCGUCAGCACCCACGCGCAGGACGACCUCUCCUUCGACCAGCUAUGGGACAAAGUUGGCGUGCAGCGGUUUCCCAGCCAAAAGCAAUAUCUCUCCGACGUGACCCGCGUCAACCUCAUUGAGGCGGGUCCCAAGAAUAGGACCGUGUGGUCCGCGUACCAUUCGUCCAGCUCUUUAGCGUCACCACGGAUCUUCACCGUACUCCUCGAGACUCGACUGAGGGAGUUUCCUCCGCAGGCGCGGACUGGUGUCGCUGUCGAGAUUCCCGUUGAUAUAUCCUCUCGAGCAGCAUUCGCCCACAUGGAAGAGAGAGGCGUCAAAGCCCAUGCCGUCACCAUCGAGCACGUCAAGGAAGUCAAUGACGGGAGCGCCAUCGAGUGGCGGGUCAUAACCUGUCGGCACUAUGGUGGUAUGCUGCCCGCCGCGGUCUGGGCACGACAGAUGCCGGACCGCCUCGUCGAGGUAGCUGAGGACAUCGAGGAAGUGUGCGUACCCUGA